UGCAUGACUAUCCAGUCUAGACUUCAUCUACAUAAUUUCCUGCACACGCGCCUUUUGUCACUACUCCACUCCACUCCACUACUCCACGAUUCAGUAGUAACAAAGGGGCUUUGUUGCAAGUGACUGGAGCUUGAACGUGCCGGAAGUAAUUUAGUGGCUGAUCGGGCUGCUCAGCGCUAUGCAAAUCAAGGGCAGAUAAGGGGACACCAGUCGACUUAGAAUGGAUGAACAUCUGGUGCUUUACGGACUUCUACUCACUUCUCUUAUUUCAGGCGUUGAAGGCGUCACCUGCAUGAAAAGUGAAAUACGAAGAGGAGUAGUCAGGAAGACAUAUUUCGAGUGCGCAAAUCAUUAUCAUUGCUGUGGGACAAAGUUAGAAAAAGAGUGCUGCAUUAAUAAAGGGCUUCUUGUGGUCAUUGGGUCUGCUACUGGAGUGGUAUUGAUGCUAUGUCUUAUUGGAUAUAUUGCGUGGAAAUCUAGGAAAGAAAAAUCUAUGAGAAAAGAAGUCCCAGAAGUCCCAACAAAAUCUACGAAAAAAGAAGCCCCAGAAGAAGCCCCCCAUAAAUCUAAGAGAGAAAAGAAACACAGAGCAAGUACAUCGGCAGUUUAAUCAGUGUGUGAAUCAAGCCAUACAAACAUCACCAUAUUCAUUAGUCUGCAUACCUCCAGGACUAGAAUUAUUACUAAAACAGUCAGCAUUUAUACCAACUCACAAUGUCAUAUACAUGUAUAUGCUACUUGCUUGAUAUUGUUUCAGUUAAUUAUGGACUGGAGGUAGUGGGGAAGGUGGUACAGCUGAGCUUGUAUUUGUGUAUUACUCUUUAUUAUCAUAGCCUAAGGGCAUUGGGGAAUAAAGAAAAAAUAAUAAAGUUAUGAAUAUAGUUUUAAUCUUUAUUUCCAUGAAAGUAAAUUUUAUACAUAUAAUUUUUAUACAUUUUGAUCCUGCUUUGGUUUUGAAGCCAUUUUCAUUCAUUUUUCUUAUUUACUGUAAGUAACCGCAUUAGAAUUGUAUGAAAAUAUUCAAAUGAACGUUUCCAUAAGUGUUAAAAUAAAUGUACACGUAUACUUUUGAUGGGAAAGUGUUGAUUUAGUUUCUGUGGUAGUUCAUUUCUAUCUUACUUGUGUAAUGUGGUCAAUACCCUCAUGGCCAUUUGUAUGCAUUUUGUUUUCUUUCAUAUAAUAAAAAUAUAGUUAUUUUCUUUUUGAUCGAGAAACAGCUACAUGUAUAUGACCUGUAAAUAGUGAUAUUGCCUUGUGAUGCAAUUACCAGCAGAGGUUUUAUUGACUGCUAGGAUGAGCAUACUUCCGAAUAAAGUCUGUCUGUCUGUU